GAGAGCUCGCGCGUCUUCCCUUGAAUCGAAAUUGCCGAGGGCAGUGUCACAAAUCACAAUUCGAGUGAAAGGUUUAAUGAAGCAAAGCAUCGUUCUGGAAUCUCUAAACGCUUUAAGUCGCAAUGAAGGAGACAGCGGAGAAUCCACCAUCGGAUGGAGAGGCGCGAGACAUGCAACGCGAGAAGGCGAUCCAUCGGAAUUGAUUGCAGAGUUUCUGGGAGAUGGGAAGGCCAAAAAAGGCUGGGAAGACAAAGCCUUCCAAAAGGCCAGUGGAGGAACCAGAAAGGUCAGCCCCUGUAGAGAAUGUCGAAGUGGUUACUCAGGAAAGUGAAACCAUGCCAGAAACUCAGCAGGCAGAAAGGGAGGGUGAACAACAAGUGAAUGAGCUUGAGAAUGAAGAAGUUCAUAUCCCGAAUGAUGACAUAGCUUUUGAAGAGGAUGCGAACCUAAGCCAGGGGUCUCAUUCUACUGGAGGAUGUUCUUCGGCUCACAAGAAGAAAGGCAGAGGUCCUGGAAUAGGGGUGAAGCCGGGUCAUGACAACAGGUAUAUAUAUAAUUUCAAUAGGAUCGUCACACCACAGGCUGCCCAUGAACUCACUGCCAUCUUCAAAAGGAGCAUCACUGGACCAUGGAUAAGGUUCUCAGAGUACCCUGCUUCUGCUUUGCAGACCGUGAUUGCUCGUUUCAAGGAAUCUGGGUUCACAUGCUCUCUGCCAGAGGAAGAACUCAAUGUUCAUCUCAAGGAACAUAUCAAGAGGAACUUUUCCCAGUGGAUGUAUGGGUUCUGUAACCGAGUAUUCUCUGAACAUGCUACCCUUGCUGAAAGGCUUAACAAUCCACCUACUGAAAUCCCUGCUCAUAUUUGGAGGGAUAUGGUUAACAAGUGGAGUGACCCAAACUGGAAGAGCACCAGUGAUAAGAACAAAGCCAAUCGUGAGAAGUCUGAGAUCACUGCUACUGGCGGAUCUGUUCCCAUGGCAAAGUUUAGGCUUGAUCAGAUCAAGAAGACUGGGAAAGAACCAGAUCCUAUAGAGACAUUCAAGAAGUUCCAUGUUAAGAAGUCCAAUGGUGAAUUCACCACCCCAAAAGCUCAGACUAUACAUGCUGAAUUGAAGAAUAAGGAAGCUGAGAAGUUGACUCAAGGGGAAGAGGUGAACCAGUUUGCGAUUUAUGGUGAGGUUGUAGGAAAACAGUCUAGGAAACGUGUGCUGGGAAUGGGUUAUGGUGUAAGUGGUGUGGAUGUGUUUGGCCCUACCUCCGGUCAGGGCUGCAGCAAAAGGUGCGAAGAGGACCGAAGGCAAGAGAAGGUGAAGAAUGAUGAUAUGAUAAGCAUGCUGAAAGAAGAGCUAGUGCAGGUGAAGAAUGGAAUUCCUCAGAUUGUCGAGGACACCUUGAAGAGGCUAGGAGUUACUUUGGUUGAGUCCUCAAUGGCUGGAGACAAGGCGGUGAAUGAUGAAGAUGAAGAUGAAGAUGAAGAUGGAGACGAGGAAGUGAAUGAUAAAGAUGCGGACGAUAUUGACGAUGAGAACAGCUCCCCCUGAUAAUGAUGAUUACUAAGUUUGCAGCGCUAGGAAGAAGGAAACAGUAUGAACUUUGCAAGUUCCAAUUUUCAAUCGGAUUAUGCAGCUAGGAAGCUGGCAGUCUUAGGAACUUUGCAAGUUCCAUUUUUCAAUCGGAUUAUGUCUAUGUUAUGUUUUGUUCUGUUAAGUGUUUGGUUGUUUUGCUAUAUGUUUGAACAAGUGUUGAAGGUGGUCUCUGUUUAAGACAUGUUUGGUGGUUAUGCCACCUAAUUUUAU